AUGUCCUCCAACAACACAUCCGGGUCCGACAUCCCGGAUGGCGUCACUCCGGAUAUGUGGACUGCGUGGAUGGACCUCCGCAAAGAAUGUUAUCCGGACCUGAUCGAUGGUGUUGACCCCAGUUACGGGUACCGGCCAACGCUGGGAGCCGGCAUUGCCUUUGACGUCCUCUUUGGCAUCUGUAUCAUCGGUCAUCUCAUUCAGCUGAUUAGGUUUCGGCGGUGGACUUCGGGGUUGAUGCUGGCUGGAGCUAUUACCGAAGCAAUAGGCUGGGCAGGCCGCACCUGGUCCUCCAAGUGUCCCUACAACAACGACGCCUUCCUCAUGCAAAUCACCACCCUCAUCAUCGCGCCGACCUUCUUCGCCGCGGCCCUCUACGUCCUGCUGGCCACGCUCAUCCGGCUUUUGGGACACCAGACCAGCAUCCUCUCGGCCAAAUGGUACGCCAUCGUCUUCUGCACGUGCGACGUCAUCUCGCUCGUCAUCCAGGCCGUCGGCGGCGGCAUGGCGUCCAGCGAGUCCAACAAGGAAGGAGGCCACACCAAGCCGGGGACGCACACCAUGGUGGCGGGAAUCGUGUUCCAGCUGUUCACCAUGACCGUGUUCGCCGUGCUGGUGCUGGAUUUCCUGAGGAGGGUGUAUAAGCUGGCCAAGGGGCGGAGGGAUGGACAGGGGGGACUGACGAGGAAUAUGAAGCUGACGUUGCUGGCGCUGUUUGUGUCGUUCGUCAUGAUUUAUACCAGGAGCGUGUACCGGACGAUCGAGCUGGCCCAGGGGUGGCAUGGGCAUCUGAUUACCCACGAGGGAUACUUUAUCGGGCUGGAUGCCUCGUUGAUGGUCAUCUCGGCGGGUAUCUUUUUGGUGUUUGACCCGGCGGUGUUGUUGAGGGAUGAGAUGAAGAAGGUUAAUGUGAGCGGAAAGGAGGAGCAGGACACGACCACGGGGAAUGACUCGGAAGCGCAGACUGGAGUGAGGGACAUAAGAGGGGAUUGA